AUGUAUAAUGAGAUGGUGAGGCGAGGUUUUCGUGAGAAUUCGUUUGUUUAUACUUCGUUUAUUGAAGCGUUUUGUGAGAAGGGGAAGAUUGGAGAGGCGAUUGGGUUGUUGCGGGAAAUGGAAGGGAAGGGGUUGAGAGCUUAUGAUGAGACUUAUGAGUUUGUUAUCGUUGGGUGUGCGGAUACGGGGCGGUUGAAGGAGUGUUGGAGUGUUUUUGAGGAAAUGUUGAGUGCUGGGUUUGUUCCUAGUUGUUUAACGUUUGAUAAGGUGGCGGAGAAGCUUGGUGAGAAUGGAGAUGUGGAGAAGGUGAAUGAUGUUUUGACUGUGUUGUUAGAUAAAGGGUUUUCGCCGAGUGAUGAUACUUAUUCACAUUUGAUACGUGGUUAUGCGAGAAAUGAUAAGGUUGAAGAAGCCGAGAAGUAUUUGAGGAUUAUGAAAGGUCGAUUGUUGGUUCCAAGUGUGACUAUAUAUGAGACGUUGAUUGCUGGUCACAUGCAGAAGGGAAACCACGAUAGGGCUCUUCAGCUUCGCAAUGAAAUGGCCUCACUGGAGUUGCAACAUUGUUAA